AAGAGCCGGUUGCAGUGCAAAGACUACAGCGGGACGUGGCUGCAUAUAAGACCCAUACUUUCUAUUUGAUUGGUUCUAAACGGCUUUUCACUCUCGAUAGCGCCCAUCAUAUACCGCGAAUGGAUUUCCUUGGUGAGAUCAGUAGCCAAAUUUAGCUCACCAUCAAGUAAAAUCUGCUAACCCCCGCAUGUUCCAAGCUUGUGAGCUCAAUUACCUCGCUUUUACUUCUAAAUAACUUGAUUUUGAAAAAAUAAAGCACAAAACUUCUCGUCUUUUUCGUUUUCAUUUUCCUACUUUGGAGUUCCUAUCCGAGAGACCGGAUCUCCCUCCCCUUUUCUAAUUCUCCCCCUUAAGAAAAGUAACAGCACAGCUUUACGCUGUCAGACCAUAAUACAAACAUUUGCCAUCCCUCUUACUCUACGUUCGUUUUACUAUUCGCAUGUUUCGCGUCCCGUUUACCGGUUUCCUUUCGGUUGUUAGGUCCUGUUGCACAACCGCAAACCCACAACAAAAAUCGGCAAACAACCGUGACAAUGGGGAUAGCUGAGCGGAGGUCCCUUCGCUCCUGUAUUACACGGCCAACUCGCCCACAGAAAACAAUACUCGCUGUUUUCGCCUUUCUAUUCAUAUUCUAUAGUUUGACUCCAUCCGAUAGUCCGCUAAGAUCAUUUUUUCGGUUCCAACAUAACGUUAUCCAAGAUUAUUACCAGAAUAACCACCCGAGCGAUUCUUGGCUCUUUAAGCCGCAGCCUUACCCGGUCGACCCAAUUAACGAUGUCGCCAUAAUUAUAAAAACUGGGUUUGGUACCAGAAAUCGAGUUUCAAAGGCGUUGCAAGCGUUGGGCAACGAGUCCUUCUUUGCCGAUACCGUUGUCGUCCAGGACUUUCCACUACUCCCCGACCAGACGAAUUUGACAUUGGCAAAUGGCAAAAAGGUGCCGGUUGUUGAUAUUAUUAGGUGGAACCUAGAGCGAGGCGCAUUGAAGGGCCAUGAGCAUGAUGAACGGAUAAUGAAAUAUUCAACUCUUUGCGAGGCCAUCGAGGGCGAAGAAUGGAUGCUCGCGGAUGGGCUGGGGAAAAACAUGGGUUGGGAAAUUGAUGCAAUGAAGUUUCUUCCCAGCCUCGAGUAUGUCUGGCAGAACCUACCAAAGAAGAAGUGGUAUAUUAUGGCAGAUGAUGACACCUACAUCAUCAAAUCCUCCCUGCUCCUUUUAUUAGGGCAUCUAAAUUACGGAAAGCCACACUUCAUCGGGAACCCGGUCGGAGAUUACAAAGGCCGUUUCCCACAUGGUGGGUCAUCCGUGGCCAUGUCCGGCGCCGCUCUCAGCAAACUAUUCGAUCAACACCCCGAGGUUGUAGCCGAAGGUCAUCAGGAGUCACCAACGGCGAUCUGGGGCGACAAACUGCUUUCUACGACGUUCAUGAAAGUUGGUAUCUACCUUGAUGAGAGCUACCGACGCUUCUUUAACGGUGAGCCCCCAUGGAUGACCCGGAUGUGGAUCGACCGGUUCUGUCUCCCAUUACUUUCAUUCCACAGCCUAGGAAGUGGCGACACUAUGCUCCAUGUUGGCGAGACAUUCAAGGAUAUGACAGAACCUGUAUUCUGGGGGCAAUUGGGGAAGAUUUACGGUGCACCUGAUUUCAAGUCGUUUAUUGCCGAGCCGAUCCGAAGUAAUAUUGACUUUGUUGGGCGACUCGACGAAUACAGCACGACUGUCGAUGAAGUCAAAGAAGUAGACGCGUGCGUCAAAAUUUGCCACGAGCAUCCAAACGAUUGCCUGGCCUGGACUUUCGAUCUUGGACGUGAAAAAUGCCAUUUUGCGCGAUGGGCGAUCGUUGGAGAUCACGUUGAGGGGAGGUUUUCGGGCGUGAAUGGACAGCUUGGUCAGAAGUUAGAAACCUCGUGUCAUUCACCACGAUAGAGCAACUUCUUCCGUUUUUUUUUCUUUUUCUUUCUGAGCUUCUUCUAUGUAUAUAUUAUAUGGAUUGGGAUGAAGCAAAUUACGGGCCUCACGCAUGUACUAUCCGGGUGGAUAGUGUUAUAGAAUUGUCAAGAGGAAAGGGAGACAAGAGGAGUAUGAAUUGGAAUGAUACCCGGGUGGGCUAUAAUCUGUAAUGAAUCCUAGAUGAACAUACAUUAAUCCUAAUUGGACUCAAGAACAUUUUUAGACUACC